UCGGAAGGAAGGGAGGAAAAGAGGUUUGCAAAUGGUGGCGCUCACCUCCUUAUCCCCAGCGCCACCGCGCCCGUCUCCGACUCCGGCGCCUCCUCGCCGCGGGCCGCCACCUCGCGGCCGUGCCUACUCUCCGCGCGGCGUGAUCCUCCGCGCCGCCGCCGUCGCGGACGCCACGCCCGGCGCCGACGACUACCACUCCACCAUCCGCUCCCUCAACUCGCGCGGCCGCCACGUCCCUCGGAAAUCCCUCGGCCAGAACUACAUGCUGAACUCCAAGGUGAACGAGGCGCUGGCGGCGGCGGCGGGGGUGGAGGAGGGGGACGUCGUGCUCGAGAUCGGACCGGGCACCGGGUCGCUCACCGCCGCGCUGCUCGUGGCCGGCGCAACAGUCUUCGCCGUCGAGAAGGAUAAGCAUAUGGCUACCCUUGUGAAAGAUAGGUUUGAAUCUACAGAACGAUUGAAGGUCAUUGAAGAAGACAUCACAAAAUUUCACAUUCGCUCCCAUUUUCUUCCUUUCAUGAAGGAGAAAUAUAAUGACACCAAAAAACGUGCAAAGGUUGUUUCAAACUUACCAUACAAUGUUAGCACCGAAGUUGUCAAACUACUUCUCCCAAUGGGGGAUAUUUUCUCUGUCGUGGUGCUUAUGCUUCAGGAUGAAACGGCAGCACGCCUUGCAGAUUCUUCAAUACAAACUCCGGAGUACCGACCUAUAAAUGUGUUUGUCAAUUUCUACUCAGAACCUGAAUAUAAGUUCAGAGUAGACAGAGAGAAUUUUUUUCCUCGACCGAAGGUUCAUGGUGCUGUUAUCAGCUUUAAACUAAAGAACGCGGAGGAGUAUCCACCAGUUGGUUCCCCCAAAAGCUUCUUUUCAAUGGUCAGUGUGAAUUCUGCUUUUAAUGGGAAGCGCAAGAUGCUUAGGAAAUCUCUUCAGCACCUAUGCUCUUCUUCUGAGAUCGAGGCCGCUCUUCACAAAAUUGGUCUUCCAGUUACAGCUAGACCUUCUGACCUGAAGUUGGACGAUUUCGUGAGAUUGCACAGUCACCUGGUGGAAGUUUGAUUAUAUGCAGUGCCUUCGAAAUGCCUAGGGAAUUGCUUGUUGGCGUGAUGAUGAAGUGAGCGGGGCCUGACUGCCCGAGAGUUGCGCUGCAGCUGGGUUUUCUUCAUGGGUUACAGGUGCCUCCAGCUCACCUGCCGCAAUGUUGUGUUUGGUCUACUGGCACGCAAUCAGCAGUUCUCCUCCAUGGAUGGUGAUGUUCAAGCUUGAAAGCAAUAUUUUUCCAUGCCGUGGAAAUUGUACAAUCCUGCAGAAAAGAAGGACGCUAUAUGUGUCACGUAUUUACAGUUCACUUGAUCUAUCGACUAGAUGACUACCAUGUACAUACUGGAUCUACUACCCUGGCUCAUCUCUUCGCAAAUAGAGGAGGCGAUGUAAAGGCCAAAGAUGCAUGCCGGAGCAAUCUAAGGCAGAGCAAAGACGCUUCACGCCGGUGCAUGGUAUGGUGCUGAUAGAUAGAGGUGCCAGGUUUAGACGUCAAUCAUAAACUGUACUGAAAGGACACUUUAUCCUCUCUUUCAGAUAGCCAAAAAAAAAGUUCAUGGUAAUCACGUUUAGAUGGUAAAAAAAAAAGGUUUCCAUGAGAUCCAGAUCCAGCCCAGCUCAUGUUGGAUUUCUUACAAAAUUCCUAUGAAUUCGGACAUAUCCUGUCAGAAUCCAUAAGCAUUUUGUUUAGAAGUGAAUCCAUAAGCAUUUCAUAGGAUGCAAUCUUUUAUUUAAAACGUGUGUAUGAAAUUGUCCUAUAUAAUUAGAAUUCUACAAAUUUCCUGCA